AAAUUGAGAUAGUUGACUUGUCAGGCACUUCUGUCACUCAUCUUCCCAAGAAGUUUGUUUUUAGCCCUAAACUUCAGUCAUUGAAUGUGGGAGGAUGUCCACUAGUGUCUCCACCCAUUGAAGUGUGCAAACGAGGCAUUGCUUCUAUGAGAGGAUAUUUUCACGAGCUGGAAAGGGUGGGUGGAGUACGACGUGGCAGAAUAAAGAUUAUAGUGAUGGGAAUUACAAUGGCAGGAAAAACAAGCCUCAUUGAAGCACUGGAGAGUGGUAACCCAUUUCUGGCAGAACCCGAUGAAAGAACUAUAGGCGUGGAAGAAAAAGUUAUGAAGCUGGAUGAUAAAAUAGAAUGCAAAGUGUUGGACUGUGGUGGCCAUAAGGCGUACAUGCUAACCAACCUUCUGAUGGUUAGUGAUAAUUCAUUGGCCUUGAUUGUCGUCGACGGCAGUCGGUAUCAAUUUACUCAACACUUUUUUCGUUCCAAUAUUGGCGAUUUCCUGCAAGUUUUGUAUGAGAGAAACAGCAGAGCUCACAUUGCUAUUGUGGUCAGUAAAGUCGAUCUGAUGGUUGACAUGUCCAGAGAAGAAAUGAAUAGAAAGUGGGAUGAACAUCUGCACACUCAUCUACAUCAAUUCCUGGAGAUGAGACGAAUUCAGAUUAAGCGAAUAGCAGCAACCAUUGCAGCCGGUGAUUCUAAUGGAAACAAAUACAUACUGGAACGUCUUCAAUUUUUUGAAUCACAGUGAAUAACUGUUGAAGAAAAGGUAAUAAUGACUAGUGCAGCCACACACGAAGGAGUGGUCAGUCUCAAAGAUCGUUUAAGACAAUUGUGUGUAGAUGAAAGUCUACUGCCUUCACUGCACACAGAAUUGCCAUCAUCAUGGGUGACUGUAGAAGACAAGUUGGUUAUACCACAACCUCACUCACCUGUCCCCAUCACAGAUGUCUCUCAUGCAGAGAAAGUGUGUGCAGAGUACGGCCUCACAGAAGAAAGGUGUCAUGAGUUACUAACGUACCUGCACCAGGUUGGAAGCAUUCUGUAUUACUCAUAUCAAGAGGCUUUAUCACAAGUUCUAUUUCCUGUUCCACCAUUUGUGGUCAAUUUGCUGAAGGCUGUUUUCAGACACGAUCAUCAUCUUUUGAAAUAUGACAAUCGCUUUAUUGAGGCAGACAUAGGUCCCAAGCAGUUUGAGGAUUUGAAGCAUGACCUUGUUUCUAACGGCAUUGCGAGGGUGCCUAUGCUGCUAGUGUUGUGGAGUGAGUUCCACCUUACUGCGGAUCGUGAUAUGGACGUGUUUAUUAAGCUUUUUCUUGCUCUUGAUUUUUCUUAUCUGACUGGCUCAUCAGAUGUUGUAGUUCAGGAACUGUCGGACACUCUUGGUAGACAUGCGAUUACAUCAACUGUCUCCAUGUCUACGGACACCAUCAGCACGACAUCAGAUUCAUCUAAUCAAGUGCGAGGAGAAAGUCAGCAAGCAAAUCAGACGGACAGUUACAAAGAACUGAUUUGCAAGCUAAAACAACAUAAUGUGGGCAUGUUGUUACCAUGGUUACUCAAUGAUGAAGAACCAGAUGAUGUGAGUCAACUUUGGUGUGCAGAUGUAGUCGAUGGAGUGAUGCAAGUUGUAGUCGAAUACUCAUUUGCACAUGAUUGUCCUUUGGGUCUGUUUGAACGACUGUCUGCUCGUUGUCAUCGUCAUCAUCCUAAUUAUAUUCGUCACUGGAGCAGUGGACUGCUGAUGUGUUAUGGUGCCGUGACUGUACUGUUCAAUUGCAGCAAGAAUACUUCACCUGGCUUUCUACGUCUCAGUGCUAGAGUAGUCAAGUCACAUCACAGUGUUGGCAGAUUGUGGCAUGUUUUUCUGCGUUGUGUGUCAGAUGUGGAGGAUCUUCUUCAGUCUAUUCCUGGUGUUCUUUUUGAUCGAUCCAUCUACAGUGGUACUUCUUCCACCACAAGUAAAAGUUUUCUUCCCAAUCAACAUAGGCAUAUCAUUCUAAAUGAGAAGUGGGGACCAUUUGCAGUAGAAACUGUAGCUGGAUGUUACAGUGGGGAGAUGUUUGAACACGUCGAAGCAAUGAAACAAGUGUGUCCAAGUGUAAACAAAGGUAUUCCUCUGUCUCAAGUUGUUUCGCCAGCAAGUGGCGAUUUUGUGAGUCAAAGGAAGUUUGAACAGAUAGCAGCAGAUAUAGGAAAGUGGUGGCCUAAACUAACAAGUAUUAUUGGUACUGACCUGUCCACGGUGUCCGAGCUGUAUGAAAAGACUUCCGACCCUAGUUUUGCCCCAGCAGCAGCAACUCGUAUAUUAAGUGAGUGGCAAAAAUCAAGAAACGGUAAAUUGAAGGUUUGUGAAUUGUAUGAUGCUCUACUUGUUGCUGACAUUCCAUCUGUGCCACAACGGCAUUUGAGUGAUGUCAUGUCACCAGAUGCAACAUCUGGAUUAGAAAAAUCUAAAGAGACAGCUGCACGUGGUGAGGCAAGUCGAGUUGACUCUGAAAUAGUCACUCCACUCAUCAUAGAGAAAGUAGCCGAAAAUGGUUUAGAACGUUGGCGUGAAAUUGGUGUAUACCUUGGAGUAUCACGUUCAGUGCUGUCUCAAUGUGACCAACCUCUGUACACAUUGAAAGAAAAAUUGCGUAAAGUUUUGUCAGCUUGGAUAGAUCAGAACAGACAAGCUACAGUUGGUCAGUUGUUGUCUGCUUGUGAUAAAGCUGGUGUGGGAGGAAUAGUGAGGAGAGUAUUGGCAAGUGAUCACAACACUGACUAUAUUUCAUUAUAUUAAAUUUAAAUUUUUGUGUCUAGUUAACGUGCUAUCACACAAUAACUUGAAUAUGGCUAUACCCGAGACUAGUCGAUAUGAGCGCUUUUUCAGUGACUGUCUGUGUCUAGUUUGUAUUA